AAUUUCAUUGCUCAUUCAUAUUCAUAGAUGAGGCUGAAGAAUUUUGAAUAGUGACAUUCGACUCAGAAACUAUCAUUGUUGUGCUCCAGUCUGGAAUACAUUAAUUUUCCUAUAAUGUGACCACACGGCACCCAUAUUCCUCAGAUUAAAUAUAUAUGUACACAUUACUUAUGAAUAAGAAUUGAUGCAGUUUCUUCAGCCAGCGCUUCAUUCGCCUUUUCUCCAUCAACCAUUCCUCCGCCCACCUGGCCAAUUUAUCCAGAUCCUGAUGCAAUCAUUCACAACCAUCUUCACUAUCUGAAAAAACACUCACUUUUGCAUAAUCAUCAAACUUGCUAAUCUUGCCCUGUAUUUUCUCAUCCAGUAGGCUUCUAGAAAUGAAGAGGACCAAGGGUUAUGGGAAUACUGCAGCAAAAUGUCACCGAGAAGGAGAAGCACAUCCAAGAUGAUCGAAAGACCAACUGGUCUUCUGCUUCUGCUUCUCCUGAGUCUUAAAACCUUGUGAUGCUUUUCUAUGUUAAAAGUUCCAUAUGAAUUCAAGCUGUUUAUGGUUUUGCAAAGUACAAAAUAUUUGUAAGAAACAAAAAUAUACAAAUAAUAAGCAAUGCCUUUUCAACCGUUUGUGCAGUACGCCCUGGGUGGGUUGUAUUGAGAGGACACUUCGAUAUUAUUUGAUAAUCUCUUCAACCGCACGAAUAUUUGCUGAGAGAUUCCUUCUCUGCCACGCGUGUCUGAUUCUGAUACUCCUAAAUGUGUGUGUUCCUUCCGAUUAUCGUGCCUUUGUUCAUCUAAUCGCAGUGUUCAGUGUGGAAGGAGGGGCAGUGUAGGAUUGACUGCAGUUGGUCACAUGGCAGAACGUCCUUCCAACUUGGAUGAAGCGCAGCAACAACGUAGAAUGGCCAAAAAGGAAAUGAUAAAGCCACUCUUGGGGAAUGAGUGUGAAAUUCAUAAUUACAACCUCCAGAAAAUUACAGUGGGUAUUUUGGGGACUGGAGAUUUUGCUCGCUCCUUGGCAACACGUCUCGUACGUUCUGGUUAUGACGUGAUCGUUGGAAGUCGAUAUCCUAAAUGCAAUGAAAGUUUGUUUCCCAGUGCAAUUGAAGUUACCAGUCAACGUGAAGCUACUAACAAGGCAAACAUCAUCUUUGUAGCAGUGCACCAUGAACAUUACAGUACAUUGAACGAACUUAGAGAUGGACUGAUGGGAAAGAUUCUUGUGGAUGUCAGCAACAAUGUUGAAGUAAAUGAGCGUGAAGAAUCAAAUGCAGAACGCCUUGCUUCUAUGUUCCCAGAAUCUACAGUUGUAAAAGCCUUUAAUGUCAUCUCAGCCUGGGCUCUACAGUCAGGUGCAAGAGAUGGAAGUAAACAGGUGAUGAUCUGUAGCAACAGCCAAGAAGCUAGAUGCAUGGUGGUUGAAAUAGCACGAAAUAUGGGAUUCAUUCCUCUGGAUUUUGGCUUACUAUCAUCAGCAAAAGAAAUUGAGAACCUCCCAUUACGUCUCUUCCCUUCGUGGAAAAUGCCUAUUAUCCUGACUGUAGUCUUAUUUGUACUUUUCUAUGUGUACAGCUUUAUUAGGAAGGUUAUUCACCCAUAUGUAAUGAAAGGGCACAAUGUAUUUUAUAAAAUCCCAAUUGGUGUCGUCAAUGUCACUCUACCAUGUGUUUCAUUUGUGAUGCUAUCCCUUGUUUACCUGCCAGGAGUUCUUGCAGCACUCUUUCAACUGCGCAAUGGUACAAAGUACAAGCGUUUUCCAUGCUGGUUGGAUCAGUGGCUUCAACAAAGGAAACAACUUGGUCUGUUGAGCUUCCUCUGUGCUGCCUUACAUGCUGUCUACAGCCUGUGCCUCCCUAUGCGUAGAUCUGCCCGUUACCAGCUGCUGAAUGAAGCUUCUGCUUUGAGUAGAGGUGAUAAGAAGAAUAUUUGGGUAGAAGAAGAAGUAUGGAGGAUGGAAAUUUACCUUUUCUUUGGAAUUUUGGCUAUCGGCGUGCUUUCAUUGCUCGCUGUGACAUCAUUGCCUUCAGUGGCAAAUUCUCUGAACUGGAGGGAAUUCAAUUUCAUUCAAUCCAGACUUGGAUUCACUGCUCUGGUGGUCAGCACUCUGCAUGUUCUAACUUUUGGAUGGCGCAAAGCCUUUGACUCUACUCAAUACAAGUUCUACCUACCACCGACAUUCGCGAUCACUCUCAUUGUGCCGUGUAUAGUCCUUCCGGCCAAAGCGUUCCUAUUCCUUCCUUGUGUGAAUCGGAAACUGAAAUGCAUCAGGCGAGGAUGGGAAACCAGUUACCGAGCGAAGUUCCGUGAACCUGGUGAAGCAGACUCUGUUGCACAUUUCAGCAUGGAGAGCACCAGCAGGGUUUGAUUUCUAUCUUCAAAGUUGUCAGUCAUUUUAUAAGGAAAAACUUUCCCCAAAUAAACCAAGUGCAUAUACACAUGUAUGUGUUUCUUAAAUAUCUGAUAGGUAGAGCCAGAGAUGCUGCUCAAGAUUAGUUAUUCCCACAUAUAUAGAAUUACUUUUUGCAUAUGGUUUGUACAUAUUGAAUAAUAUGAUUACAUUGUGCAGAACAAGCAAAAUAAUGUUUCCUUAUGACAUUUUAAAAAUUGUGGCAUCAUUCUGGAACCUUGUGCAUCAAUUUGAAUGUAUUUGAACGAUGUUAAAUGUAUUGAACAUUUUAAAUGUGAAAUUUAAUUGCACUUUUAAACAUUAGUUUCUCCUUGAUCCACUAAGGUGACAGGUUACCAUAUAACCAUAUAACAAGUUACCCGGAAAGAGCAGCAGACUAUUGGGUUAGACAGCAAUAAUUCAUAAUGUUGAAAAUUAAAAAAGUUGUACAGAGCUCAGGAUGUGUUCUGAGUAGAUUUUUUUUAAAUUUUUUUUAAACCUUCCACAUCUCACCCAUCCCCCACACCAUUAAACAGAUGAGAAGAAAUGGCAGUUAUAGACAAUAGUAAACUGAUGUAGCUAUUUAUUAUGAUCUGGCUGGAGCACAAAAUACUCUGACAUUGGCUGUUACACAAUAAGUAUAUUUGUAUAUAUGUAUGGGCAAAUGUUUCCGUUGAAUUAUUAAUGUUUCACAUAAUUUCUGGAAUUAAAUCAGCCCAUCCAAUCUAAACUUUCUGGCAUACUUGCAAUAUAGAGUACAUUUUAUUUCAAGAAUUACACUGAGAUGUCAGAAGUGUUGGAUACAGACUAUUUAGUAUGGAGAGUUUAGAACUUUUAGAAUUUACUUAACAUGAAAUAUUAUUCCUGCACAGCAAAAAGUCCUGUACUGUUCCAGUUAGCCUCAAUUUGAUUCAUAGAUUGCAAAUAAAUGUGCCAGUGAAUACUUGGAGUAUGUUUCAAAAACAUUUCGUCUUGAAUUCAGUGAUAAACAUCCAGACUUACAACUUGAACCUUUUUGGCAAUAUUAUCCUUAGAAAAAACUAGGUGAGGAUUAAAUAAUUCUAUAUUGUACGGUGAUUUUUGUCUCCUUAGUAAAAUUUACACAUUCAGUUUUCUUGAACCACCUUGAAAGACAACAAUCCUAGAAGUUAACAAUCACAAUAUUCUGCUUAGUCAUGAGACCAUACCAUCUACCAUCUUUCUAUGUUGACUGAUAAUCACUCUUUGACCUCUCGGUCACUAAAUGAUAGGUAAAUCUUUCCACUUUUCUCAAAUAUUGUUGGUAGAAAGGGGUGAUGGUAAAUCUAGAAAUAGAUAGCUAGUUAAUUGCACCCCCCCUCUGUUACUUAUUGAUGGAGAAACUGUAAAUUAGAGAGUUACGUAAUUCUAGUCAUUUCUCAUAUUUGUCAUGACAAGAGGCAGCAAAUCAGCCUGUACCAUUUAACUGUAGCAGAGUUGUUCCAGAUGAAAAUUCAUCUCAAAGGUUCUUAUUUAAAGAAUUGUGCCAAAUCAAACUGUCCUUAAGAAAAAUGACUACUUUAUUAAAUUGUAAAAUUACAACAUAAGACAUGUUGUAAUUUUACAAUUUGGGUUACAAUAGUUAGUUAAAUGAACUAUUUCAAACAAUAUUGCUUAGAACUAUAUUCUGCACUCUCUAUCUUUCACUCUGCUCGACCUAUAGUACUUGAGUAUGAUUUGAUUGUAUUUGUGUAUGACUUGCUGACUUGAUUGGAUUGUAUUGAGAACAAAGCUUUUCACUGUACCUCAGUAUCCAUGACAAUAAUAAACCUAAAGCUCAAUGUUCAAUAA